AUGAGCUGCGCGUGCCGGGCCGCGCCCUGGAGGGCCUUUGUCCAAGGCCUGGCGCAGGUCCACCGGCUCGAGGCACCCCCAUCAUCAUCAUCGCCGCUGCUCCCGAGUGUCACGCGCGCCGCCUGCAUUGCGACUGUGGCUCGACCCCGUCCGGCCCUGCAGAGCCGUACGCUUCACGCUGCCACUGCGCCGCCGCAGGGACAACAUCGUGGAUUCCACGCCUCGCGGGGACCGAGGCAGGAUGUCGCCGGGGCGGCUGCGGCGAAGACACACGAGCCGCCGAAUACGACGCGGGCGACGGAGAGGCUGAGCGCUGAGCCACCGUCGUCGCAGCAGGAGGCAUCAUCAACGCCGACAGAGCCUCAGCUGAGACUGAGGAAACGCGACGGCGAUGCGAAAGCCGAUGUUGACGGAUCUGCUGCGAGACCGGCCGAUGGAGCCAAGCCCCCGACCAAGGCGAAGCGCGGGCGGAAGCCCCAACCCGACUCCUCCUCCUCCUCAUCCCACCCCUUCUCCCCCUCAGGCCGCAACAAGAAAGACGAAAACGACGAGGGCAGCGGCAACGGCGACUCAUCCUCUACUGCUGGCGUCAGCAAGCCGCAGCGGGAGACGUGGCAGACGCAAAAGGCGGCGCUCCGGGAAAAGUUCCCCGAGGGGUGGAGACCGCGCAAGCGACUGUCGCCGGACGCGCUGGCGGGGAUCCGGGCGCUCAACGCGCAGUUCCCGGACGUGUACACGACGCAGGCGCUGGCGGACAAGUUCGAGGUGUCGGCCGAGGCGAUCCGUCGCAUCCUCAAGAGCAAGUGGCAGCCGUCGGCGGAGGAGGAGGAGGAGCGGCAGCAGCGCUGGUUCCGGCGCGGCUUGCAGGUGUGGGAGCACAAGGCCGCGCUCGGGGUCAAGCCGCCGCGCAAGUGGCGCCGCGAGGGCGUCGUGCGGGAUCCGGCGUAUCACGAGCGCAGGGCCAAGGCGAUCGAGAGGGAGAGGCAGCGGGAGGCGGAGGAGGACAGGCGGUAUAGGGAGGAGCGGCGAGGCCGUGGGGGGCAGCAGUAG